AUGUCGUUACGGAGACCGCCGAGAGGAGAGUAUAUUGAGACGGACACGGGCAACAAGGUGGCGCGCAAGGCCACGCUAGUUGGGACCCAGAACAUCAUGCUCGGCGGGAAAACCGUCAUCCAACCCGAAGUCAUGAUUCGCGGCGACCUUGUCCGCACCAUUCAGGCAUCGUCGCAGUCCGGCGCAACCCCGAACAGCACAGCCGUCGCGAUAGGGCGUUACUGCUUCCUGAGUCGGGGAUGCUGCCUGCGACCACCGGGUCGGUUGUACAAAGGAGCUUUCACUUACAUGCCCCUCCGCAUGGGCGACCACGUCUUCGUCGGCCCCGGCUCCGUCGUACAAGCUGCGUCCAUCGGAAGCCACGUCCACAUCGGCGCGAAGGUGGUUAUCGGCGAGUUCGCCAUCAUCAAGGACUACGUGCGCAUACUCGACGGAACUGUCGUCCCCCCAAACAUGGUCAUACCAAACUUCAGCAUUGUUGCGGGUCAGCCGGCGCGCCUCAUCGGGGAGGUGCCCGAAGGCGGCCAUGAGGCCUUUGAGCUACGCGAUCUCUACAAGACGGUCGGAAACAAUCCCCAGCCUGCGCCCUCGUGA